UUACCUCAUUUUCAAAUCUGUGCAUUGAGCCUCUUGAUUUUGAAACCUGAUAUAAGAGAAGAGCUUGCCGGAAGACGUUAUCAAGGUGCCAUCCAUAUCUAAGUGAUUUGAGUUCAGCUUUGACAUAUAUUAAAGGUAAGGCCAAGGCCUAGGAAGAUGAUGAGAGAGUGGAACGCAUGCCGAAAUGAGUUAACGGGAACGACCUUGGCGGCUUCUAGCUAGUUAUUAUUUUAUUUAAGUAUUUCAGAGGUUAUAAUAAAGUGAUUAUUAUUACUUUAUUUUAUUUGAGGAUUUGAAGUUUUAGUAAAUUCCUGGAUCCAGGUGGUUAUCACAUUUGCUGAUGAUAACUAGGUUUUUUUGAGUUUUAUUUGGAGUAAUAUUUUAGUUAUAUUUGAGAUUUUAUCAGGGUUAUUUCUUUAACAAACGGCCGUUAUAUUGCAGUUUUUUUAAGUAGUAAGUUUUUGUAGCAUUUCAUUUAACCCUGAGAGGGGCGUUACAAAUUUGGUAUCAGAGCCCAGGUUGUCUCGUAACUUCAUUUGUCACCGUACACGUGCUCGUCAUCUUCCAAGGGUUGAGGAAUCUUCUUUUGGCUUGCUUGUAAACCUUUCCUUCAGAAGUAGCUCUUGAUCAGCUUGAAUGAAGUCCGGUGGCGCCUCUAGAAUGAAUGUUCUUGAAGAAUUGCAGACGCACAUGUAAAUCAUCUUCAGAAUUCGACGGAAAAAGAUGGUUGACUUGUGAGCGUAGCUGACCAUUUGAGGUGUAGAGAUAGAAGAGAGUCGUUGAAAUUUUUGAUGGGAGAGAAGUGUCCGAGAAUGAUUUGGUGACAUUUAACAACAUGUGGACCACUCUCCCCCUCAUGGCGAUCCGAUGAAUCGGGACGUCGUGCCUUUAUUCUUUUAUUCUAAGAAGCAAAAUAGAAAAACAAACAAAAAGGUAAACACCGGAGACACCAUGGUGUUCCGUUAUCACAACAUCAAUGUAAACACUGACAUGUGGCAUGUAUAAAAUGAUAGAAACAUUAAAGUUCUAACAGGACUUCCAACAAGGUAUUGUGAGGCAUCUGAAAGAUGUCACUUUGGUUGUUAUUUGCAUUAUCAUAAAGAUCAACAUAGAUAACGUAGCCCCUUGGGGUCGUGUAAACACCCGUUAUCAUCACUAUAGAGAUAAACUCUAAAGAAAUGGUUUGAAAAUGUUGGUGAUUCUUAUGUUGCAACAGCAGGACUUCCUUCCAAUCAUUGGUCUACAUCUGUAAUAGACGAGCCCUAUGGAAGUUCUAGCGGGUCAUGUAGACCUGCAACUGACUCAAAAAAGUGCAUCUGUGUCCUAGAAAUUUCAAAACAUUUGGGAGUGAGGUAACUAGACACGACGUGAGCAAUGAAAGUUCAGUGGCAUGGGGCUGAGGCCACUGUAGUCAGUAUCACUUUCCUCGGAAGGAGACAGUAAUGAGAGAUGCGGUUUCCCAUGAAAUAUGAUUAAACACAUGUCUGUUGGGAGACAAAUGAGUGGUCUUGGGUAGGGUUCAACAUGCACUGUUGGACAAGAUGCAGUGACUUCUACCCGGGAUCUGAUUAAAUUCAGUCCUGAACCUAUUGGGAUUGUCUAGAGUAUUUGAGUGGCUAGGAGUAAAUGUUCAAUGGAUAGCAGGCAGUUGAGGUAGCAGACUUAUCAUUGAUUAUUGUUUUCUUGCUCACUUGAGCCUUCUGCUUCCUAACUCUCAUAAUGAUCACUCACUCACUCACUCACUCACACACUCACUCACUCACUUACUCUCGGCUUUGUCCCUUGGGUAGGCUUAGUUGGGUUUACUAAGCCAUAGAAACAUGUCCUCUCAUUGAUUUUCUCUCUGUACUCCCCCUUUACUGGAGCACUCGGUAUGCUUUGUCAUUGUUAGGCACCGGGGAGGAUAACAUUGAACACUCCCCCUAAACUGUUGCAUCCGUUGAGAGAUCCCUUGCUUUGUCAGUGUAAGCCACCAGGAGGAGAAAACUAAAACACCCCCUCAGAAUGUGCAAGGAUGAUUUCUCACAGCUCGUCAUACCCACCAUGUGUUUGGAGUAAUCUGAACAAGUACCACACAUGACGGUUUCCCAAAGCUCAUCAUUAAGAAUUUCAGCAUAUUGAUGAUCACACAAUGUUGAUGAGUUAGGGAAGGCUUCAGUAGUUGAUUGUUGAUUGUUGUAAGAUGACCUUUAACGCAAGGUUGAUUGAAUUAUCUACGAUUUUCGGACCUCUACAAUGUAGUUUAUAAAAGCUUUGACCUUAGGUUUUACUUUGGAAGAAUUUGAACAGAUUUGCCUAAAUUUGACCAUGACAUCAGUGAUUUACAAAGUUUGUUGAAAAACGAACGAUUUGGCCCUCAAGGACUGCGCAUGAGGGCGCGUGAAAAAGGGUUCUGGGGUAAACCCCAAAACUAAAUGUAGAUCUUUUCGUUAGCUUUCCAUUAAAAAAAUUCGCUUAAAUCGGAUCACCGAGUCAAAAGUUAUGGCCAAAACAGUGUGAUGUCGCUAAAAAUCUCGAAAUUUUGAGUUUUUGAGGAAUUUCUUCGAAGUUGAGGUUCUCGAUGUUGAAUAUUGAGAACAGGUGGUGAUGGAGUAUAUGGCCCAAGUACCCCUGGCCCACAUACUUCCACAACCAUAAUCAGGUCCAACAGGCCCAACGGGCCAAGCCCAACAAAAUGAAGCGCUAAACGGCCCACAAUACGCAAAGGGGUGCCUUCGGCCCCUUGACCGAAGGCCACCGUUGACAGGGUUAAGCUCAGAAACAUCACAGGAGAACAAGGCUUGAAGACCAACCCUUCGGCAUAUACAGCCCUCGGUGUUGAGAGGCCCCCGGUUAGAAGAGCCUUCAGCCAACACCCUUCAACCGAAGGCACUUCCCUCAAACAGAAUAUCCUCUCCGCAUGCGCCUGAAUCACCGUACCAAGUACAACAUCGCAUCCAACCACCGCAUUUAAGGCGACCACAUGCAAAUGUCGGUGCCACCCCGAUUGAGGUGACUCCUCGACCACCAGAUUAUUGACAUGUGUCCCUAUCUAGCAUUUAUUACUGCUAUAAAUAGCAGCCCAUUUCCCCAUUGUAAGGCAUCACAAAUUCACACACUGAAUACAUACUCUCUCUCUACUUAUUGCUUUGACUUCUCUCUAGUUAUUCCCCGAAAUAACCCCUCGGAUAAGCUACCCUCGGGUACACUAUCCAUCAUUUGGUGCUUUCAUUGAGAGGUCGAACAAUCAAGUAAGAAACCCUCCCAUUCAGCUCAAAACACCAACCAAAAUGGGAAGAACCACUCGUGCCAAGUCCAAGACCCUUGAGGACAACAACCUGGCCCUCGGCGAAGUCGACGCCACCGAAGCCUCCAACAAGGCUCUCGAGGGCGGAGUCAUCGCUGGGUUAGAACAGGCUGCUGUUGACCUACGCCUUCAGCUCCGUAAAAUGCUCCUGAUACUCGCCUUGGCAUCGAAACCCGAAGGAGGGACCGGAGCGAAAAUCAAGUGAGCCCUCUGGUCCUCACUAUUGACGUACAGUCGGCAUUUUCUGCCUUCAUCCAAAUGCUCACUCAGAAUCCAGGUGCCUUCAGCACGCUGGUACCACUUCAACCACAGGUCGGGGAGAGCGCCACUUCCCCCCACCUCCGCCCCCCUUCGUGAACCCUAUCCUUCGGCUAGGGAACAACGAAGGGGUCAAGGCCCAAGACACCGCAUCCUAGGAAGUCCAAUCCCGGGACCAGCGCGGUGCGAACAAAGAGAGGCCUCAGACAUAUGCCCCUGAGAGGCUCGGAGGGGUGCAGGAUCGCCGAGGGGUCCAAGACCGCCUCGGUGGUAAGGCACUCCAAAGACCUCAAGAAAGCGAGGGGUCGGUAUCGAGGGCAGAUGAGAGGCGUCCCCCUCAGGACAAAGGAAAGGCACCACUCCAUGCCGACGACGCCAGACACCAGAUCAACCAGACCCACUCGGCCCGUGUACAAUCACAGGGGGCGGAGGCUCUCCCGAAGGAUCACAGGGACGAAAUUAUUGAGGCUCUCCAAUGCCGCCUUGAUGAAAUGGAGGCCCGCCAAGCGCACACGACCGCCUCCGCCUCACAAGCGGACCCUAAAUACGCCACCAUGUUGGCCAAAGUGGAGGUGAUGCAGAAGAAAUUUGUCGAGGGAUCUGGGGAACCCGUCAUCCAACUCCGGACUAGGACGCCAUUCACCCCAAGGGUGUUGGCGGCCUAGAUUCCGGGAAAAUACCAAAGGCAACCCAUCAAGCCCUACGAAGGAAAGACUGACCCCCAGGAGCACUACAGCCGGUAUCAGAACAUCAUGAUGAUGGUGGGGCAUCGGAUGAAUAUUUGUGACGUUGGUUCCUUUCUACCUUAGAAGGACCUGCGUACGAAUGGUUCAACCGAUUGCCCGAAGGGAGUAUCGACUCAUGGCAGGAACUCGCCCAACGCUUCCUAACACAACUUGCGGGGAGACGCCGGUCGAGGAAGCACUUCUCUCACUUACUAAUGGUGAGGCAGCGGAAGGAGGAAACUCUUCAGGACUUCUUGGAACGCUGGAGGCUGGAGACAGAUAAGGUUGACGGCGACGAAGACGGGACCCUUCUGGCUCUCCUGCAGAUGGUCCUCCGCACCAGAAACUUUUCAAGGAGCCUCAUCAUUGAACCCCCUCGCGACUACAUAAAGGCCCUACAGCGGGGUAACCGGUAUGCAGAGGCCGAGGAGGUGGAGAAAUGCCACCAAAACUCGGAACAACAGUGUCCUAGGGCAGAUGAUAAGAAUCACCGAGGGCAGGGUGCACCAUUCCACCAGUCCAAAGGUUCGCCCCCCUCGGGUGAUCGCCCCCGGCACGGCCAAGCCAAGCCCGGGGGAGGUUACACAAACAACCCGAAGGCCUGGGCGCAGCCUAUUCUCUUGGAUCACCCUCAGACACCCUUGACGCAUCCCAUCAGUGUCAUCCUCGAUUUCGCAAAGGAAAGGGGCCUCGUGGAGCGAGAUUCUCGCGCACCACCGGAGGUAUAUGCCAUCAACCCCAAUGAACCUUACUGCCAUUUUCAUCGCCACCAAGGGUAUAUCGCCAUCAACACCAAGGGUAUACAAAUGUCAUCAACUGAAGACAGCCAUCGAGAGGUUGAUACAGGCGGGACACCUGUCCCAAUUUGUCAGGAGCCCCCAGCAUCAGGGGCCCCCGCGAGGGCCACAGGUGAAGGCAAACGCCUGGAUCAAUCCAAACACUAUUCCCCUUGGUGACCCGAACGGCAAUAAGAGGGAGAUCGGGAACCUUGAUGAGGAAGAGGGGUACAACGAAUGCCUAGAGAAGAAGCGCCACAUCCACAUGAUCACCGGUGGCAACACGGGGGGGGGGGGGGGGGGGGAGACUCCACUAGCCAAAGGAAGAAAUGGGCACAUGCCCUCUACGUAGGGGAGGUCACUCAUAUGCCCCCUGUAAAGCGGUUGAGAGAGGAGCCCAUCACUCAUAUGUUCACCAACGCCGAUCUCCCCCCAGCCUCCUCCCUUCACAGGGAUGCGCUAGUGAUCCAGAGCGAGAUCAAUAAUACUAUUGUCCACAGAACUUACGUUGACACGGGCAACUCCAUCAACGUAAUGUACCUUAACACAUUCAAGGAGCUGCUCCUAGAGAGGGAGUCCCUUCGGCCUAUGCGGACCCCUCUGUCAGGCUUCACCGGAGAUACAAUAGAUUCCGAGGGGGUGAUAACCCUCCCGGUACUCUUCGGCGACGGACUCCAUAGGGCCAAGCUCGAAGUGGAGUUCGUCGUCGUCAACAUCGACUGUGCGCACAACAUCAUCCUCGGCUGCCCCGCCCUCGAAGAUUUGGAGGCCGUCAUCUCCAUGAGACACCUAUGCCUCAAAUUCCUAGCUGAAGGGGGCAUUGGGUACUCAAGGGGGAAUCAGAAACUCACUCGGGCCUGCUACCUCCAAAUAACAAAGAAGGUCAGUAAGGCUGAGUUCCGAGUAGACACCAUCACCGGAACCGUGGAGGAAUAAGAGAAGAGGCCGAGGGCAGAACCAGCCGAAGAGGUAGAAGACUUUGCGCUUGAUCCGGACAAACCGGAAAGAGUCGUGAAGAUAGGAGCCAAGCUCCCUAAAAUUUGAAGACCGGUAUCAUGGAUGCCCUCCGCGCCUACUCCAUUGUUUUUGCAUGGGGGCCGGAGGACAUGCCAGGAAUCAGCCGAAGGGUAAUUACUCACCGCCUAUCGGUGGACCCUUCCUCCAAAUCCGUGCAACAAAGAAGGAGGCCCCUCUCGGCCGAAAGGAGGGAUUUUGUAAAGAAAGAGGUCGUCAUGCUCCUUCCCAUCAGACACAUCAAGGAGGUAAAGUACCCCUCAUGGCUGGCCAACGUGGUCCUCACACAAAAGCCACCCACCUUCCGCAUGUGCGUGGACUACACGGAUCUGAAAAAGGCGUGCCCCAUGGACCCUUUCCCGCUGCCAAUUAUUGACCAACUGGUGGACGACACAGCGGGAUGCGAAAUCAUGUCAUUCCUCGACGCCUUCCGCGGAUAUCACCAAAUCUUCAUGCACGAGGAAGACACUGAAAAAACAGCCUUCAUGACACCCGAAGGCAUUUUCUGCUAUCUGGUGAUGGGCUUCGACCUAAAAAAUUCAGGUGCCACCUACACCCGGAUGGUGGCCAGGGUCUUUCAAGCCAUCCUAGGGCGCAAUAUGGAGCCCUAUGUUGACGACAUGAUCAUCAAAAGCAAACAAUCAUCGAGCCAUGCUAACGACCUUCGGGAAAUUUUCGCCAUCAUGCAAAAUUUUAACCUCCGGCUAAACCCGAAGAAAUGCACUUUUGGAGUGCAAGGAGGCAAAUUCAUGGGCUAUAUAAGGAGCCGAAGGGGUAUCGAGGCCAACCCCGAAAAAAUCCAGGCCAUCAUAAACAUGGAGCCCCCACACAAUGUGAAGGAGGUCCAAAGGCUGAUGGGCCGCUUGGCAACCCUCAACCGCUUCCUAUCCAAAUCGGCGGAGAAAUCCAUUCCCUUCUUCCAGAUAAUGAGGAAGACCGCCGACUUCCAAUUGACAUCAGAAUGCCAGGAGGCCUUUGACGAAUUGAAGCGGUACUUAUCUUUACCCCCUGUGCUCUCCAAACCCAAGGUGGGGGAAACUCCGUACCUUUACCUCGGCGUUAGCCCUGCUGCCAUCAGCUCAGUGCUAAUCCGGGAGGAAGACGACAUCCAACAUGCCAUCUUCUAUGUUAGCAAGACUCUCAAAGAGGCCGAACUCAGGUAUUCUCCCUUGGGAAAGACGGUGCUAGCCGUCGUUUAGACCGUCAAAAAGCUAGACCAUUACUUCCAAGCCCAUCCGGUUCAGGUCCUCACACACCAACCCCUCGACGCUUUGAUGAGGAGCCCCACAAGCUCCUCUCGGAUGGUAAAAUGGGCUAUCUUCCUUAGCCAGUACAACAUUGACAUCCGUCCGAGGCCUGCCAUAAAGGGCCAAGCCCUGGCGGACUUCAUGACGGAAUGCAAGGCAAGAUCAGCGGUGGAUGAGGAGCCUUCGGCACCCUCGGAUGAUUGGUGGACCCUCUAUACCGAUGGCUCCUCUGCCACCAAAGCAUGCGGAGGAGGGGUAGUACUCAUUACGCCCGAAGGCUUCCGCGCCUACUAUGUCAUCCGCUUCUCCUUCAAGGUCUCCAACAACGAAGCGGAACAUGAGGCCCUCCUCUGUAGCCUUCAGCUGGCAACCAACAUGAUGGCCAUAUAGAUCCAUGUGAAGUGCGACUCCAAGUUAGUCGUCGGCCAAAUUUCAGGGGAAUAUGAGGCCAAGGAAGGAAGAAUGAAAGAGUACAAGGAUGCGGCCAAGGAGUUGCUUAAGGUAUUUGAGGCACAUUCUCUCACUCAAAUACCAAGGGCUCAAAACUCUAAGGCCGACAUUUUAUCAAAGCUCUCGGCUGAGUCCCCGGAGCACCUCUUGAAGAUUGCGAGGAUCGAGGAACUCAGCCUCUCGAGCAUACACGUCAGCCUCGUCAUGAACAUACAACAAAGGCCUGAGGACUGGGUGUCAGAUAUCAUGAACUUGAUCUCCAUAGGGCAAUUGCCCGAGGAUGAAAACCGUGUGAAAGUAGCAAAGCUGAGGGCUCCUGGCUACACCAUCGAAGACGAAAGGCUUUACAAACGGUCCUACAACGGUACAUUGCUCCGGUGCCUUCAUCAGGAUGAAGCCGAAGUUGCAAUGGAGGAAGUACACAGUGACACUUGCUCAGCUCACCAGGGACCCUUCUCCAUGUCCCGAAGGCUCAUAGUCCAAGGUUACUUCUGGCCUACAAUGGCCCAGGAUUCUGCGGACCUCGCCCGAAGGUGCGCCGUGUGCCAGCAUUUCCAGAAAGCCCCCGACAGGCCAUCAUUCAACUAUGCCCCCAUCAGUACGGUAAUACCCUUCUCCAGGUGGGGUAUAGAUCUAGUAGGCCCACUGUCGAGGGGUACCUCCAACAACAGAUACAUCAUCAUCGCCAUUGACUACUUCACCAAAUGGGUAGAGGCAGAACCCCUCGCCAGCAUUACAGAGGCCAGGUGCCGCCAUUUUGUCCUCAAGAACAUCCUCACGAGGUUUGGCGUCCCCCAACAAAUCAUCUCCGACAACGGGACUCAGUUUGAGGCUGCCCCCUUCUGUGCCCUCCUAGAGGCAUGGGGCAUCAAACAUACUUUCUCGUCUGUUGCCUACCCUCAGAGCAACGGUCAAGUGGAGAACGCCAACCGAACUUUACUUGAGGGCCUAAAAAAGAAACUUGAGGCCGAAGGGGGAGGCUGGGUAGAAGAACUUCACAAUAUCCUAUGGGCCUACCGCACCACCCCUCGGCGGGCAACAGGCGAAACGCCCUUCUCCCUUUGCUAUGGAUUCGAGGCCAAAGCUCCCACUGAGGUAACCCUUCCUACCCGAAGGGUGGACCAAUACGAGCUUGAGGUCAACGAUGCCAACAUGGCCCUCGACCUUCACCUAAUCUCAGAAUGCCGAGAGCAAGCCUUCAUAAGGGCGGAAAACUACCGAAGAUAAGUGAAAGGCUACAUCGAUGUCAAGGUUCAUUCCCGAGAAUUUCAAGUGGGAGACUACGUCCUCCGAAGGAGAGAAGCUAGCCAGCCAACCGAAGGUGGCAAAAUGGAACCGAAGUUUGAAGGCCCCUAUAUCGUUGUAGCCAUCAUCAAGCCAGGAACUUACAAACUCAAAUGCCCCAAUGGGACCGAGGUCCCUCGACAUUGGAAUGUACACCACCUGGUUAAAUUUUAUCAAUGAUGUUAGAGCGGGCAAGCCCUCAUAACUCACGAAUGUAUUAUCCUGUGGCCCAAGGCCCCCAAUUUUUCAAGAAUAAAGAUACGCUGAAGACACCAAGUACAAAGAACAAAACGCUUGUGAGCGGCGAAGCCCUCAUACAAGCUCCUGGCCCAAGGCCUUAUCACAAACGAGACCCCCCGGCACCAAGUGCCGGAGGUGGACGCUCCAAUCAACCACAAUGAUGAAACACCAAGUGUUUUUAAAGGCAACCCCUCGGUACCAAGUGUCGGGGGCAAUGAAUGAGAAAUAACACCAAGUGUUAAAAAUAAAGCCGUACUCCUCGAGGACGCAACCAUACCGAAGGCGCCACCUAUCGGUACCAGGGGUACUAAGUACCUCCGGCCAUUUGCAACUAAUAUGCAAAUAAAACCCUUCCGUGAAAUGCUUUCCGAGCCAUUACCCCAAGGGAAUGGCAGGCAACUAAUAUGCCCAGGAUUCGACUUUCAAAAACGAAACGCUUCCCGCGCCAUUACCCUAAGGGAAUGGCAGGCAACAGACCAUGUCUCAGGUUGAGGGAACGACUUUCAAAACUGAGGCACUUUCUAUGCCAUCCCCAAAGGGGAGGCAGGCAACAGACUAUGUCUCGGGCCGAGGAAACGACCCUUGAUCCCCUCGGAACCCGGAAGGUUAAUCCCGAGGGGGAUCCAACGGUGUUUACCAUUGCCUCCCCAUAGGCUAAGCCUUACCAAGAAACCAUGUUUCUUGAAGCCUUCCCUUCACUAUCUCCAAAAAGGGGGGAGGGGGUGAAGGGGAGUAGGCUCAACGAGCAAUAUGCCUAAGUCAAAAAUUCUACUCAUCCCUCAUAUUGCCGAAGGCAUCUACUCUAUAUAUGGGGCUUAAGUCCCAAAAUCCACAUCUGCCUUCAUGUUUCGAACUAAAAUCAUCUAAGCCUACAGUUUGAAAGGCAAAGCCGAGGGCUCCCAUUGUAAUAUAUUGGACUCAAGAAUUUCCCAAGUCCACACUUUGGGAGCCCACCGAAGCCGAAGGUUCAUAUGCCCAACAAAGAUCGAGGGCACCUACUGCAUGUUACCGGAGGCAAGUGCUCACAGACAGGAUCUCAACAUUUCCUAAGUCCACACUCCAAUAGGCUCCGGCACUACUAUCAGCUCUGGGGGGGCUCCUUUUCUACAAAUGGGCCAAAAGUCAACUAACUCCACAUUCCUAUAGAGGGCUACUAGAUGCAAAGUCAUGGGAUUCUUUCUAAGUCCACAAUCUAAGUGCCAUGGUACCACCAUAUUCUGCAAAGUCAUGGGAUUCUUUCUAAGUCCACAACCUAAGUCUACCACAAGCCGAGGGGGUAUUCAUGGCAUUACCCAAAAAAUUGGCUAAGUCCACAACACCGGUUCCCCGGAGAUAUAUGACGAAGGCUAGCUAUUCCCUACAGCUAGAAGGACGAUGUCCACCGAGGGCCUAUAUGUAAACAACACUUAGAAAAUUUUUCUGAGUCCUAAGUUUUUAGCCCUUGGAUGACUCAUGCCGUCCACUCAAAAUCGAGAGGCAGCACCAACCGAGGACCCGGUGGUAAGCAUUGCUUAGAAAAUUUUCUAAGUCCAUGGGUUAAGGCCCCCCGGCACCACAACACUUUGCUAAGGGGAAAUUCAACCGAAGGCCUAGUGAUGCACAUCACUUGGAAAAUUUUCUAAGUCCUAAAUAUUUGGCCCCCGAUCAACUCAUGAUGUAAACAUACAUUCAUACAAUUACGGAAAAGGCAUGAAAGAAAAUGAAGGCAUUCAUUCAUCAGAAGAGAAGAAGGGAAUAAAAUUUAGUCAUCAAAUGCCAGAGGGCAUGCAUUCAUCCAUUCACAAAAGUAAACUAAAUUUUUUGUUACAUUAAGGCCGAAGCCGAAAGAUACAAGAUGUUAUUAUACUCAACAUCGUUCAAAAGAAUUAUUACAAGCACGAUCAGGGGUCGACUUUUUCAGCAGCAACCUCUUCGGUAGGUUUGGAAGUGGCAUCCCCUCCGACCUCUUCUUCAUCCUCGGCCUCCUUCAUCAGCUCAGAAUCUUCUAAGUCUUGCCUCUCCGCAUUAGUGGGGAGGGGAACGCGAACAUUUGGUUGAAGAGGGGGAAGGCCAUAGGCGGCAGGAUCAAAAUCCUUCGGCUCCACCCCAUAGUGUCGGGCCAGCCUCCUGUAGAUGAGGGUCUGAGUAAAGUACUCGCCCCCAUCAUAGUAUUCCUUGCCCUUCCGGGCCAGCCACUCUACCCCGGGGCCGCCGCACCACUCAUCAACAGAUGCCUCCACAACUGAGGCCAGCCACUGUUUGUGCCCCUCAGAUCUCCAGCCCUCGGUAACAAAGGCGCCUAUGGCUUCCUCCCGAGUGACGGCAACCGCUUUGUUCUUGGCCUCCUCAGCCUCCUCGGCGGCUUUCUUGGCAGCCCCAGCAGCAGCCCUCUCGGCUUCGGCCUUGCCCUUAUUUGCGGCCUCCAGCUGCAGCCCCAUCUGCCGAAGGGAUUCCUCCAACUAUGCCAUCUGCCUCACGGCGUCGGCGUUGUCGUGGACAAGGUUCUUCAACUGCUCAUCCUGUUGCGCUUUCUCAAGACGCAACACUUUCCCCCUCUGUGCUUGUUCAUCGAGGGCGAUGCAGGCCUGUAAACGACAAACAAAAUGAGUAAGGACACUAUGCAAAAAUGUUCUAAAACUAUAGGAGAAAAAACAAAGGGAAAAGGACUUACAGUAAGAGAAGACCGGAGGAUCUUGUUCUCGAGGGUCUCAUCAUCAUAGGUGUCGAGAGCUGCCCUAUCCAUCUCCGAAGUGAUGCCCCCCCAGGAAUGCCUUCGGAUCAACUGUGCCGUGCAUCACGGAGGUUCCUCAGACGAGGGAGAAUUGUAUGGUCUCCCGAGGGAAGUCUCCCACGAUGGGUUGGAUGGAGCCGUCGCUGCCACAACCAGGGGCGAGGAGGAUGAAUGCUCGUCCAUAACAAGGACCGGGGGAGUCUUCUUCCCGGCCUCCGCCUUCUUUGGUUUUUUGCCGGCGGAAAUAACCUCUUUGUCGGCUGCCUUCCUCUUUGCAGCGGCAGCCGCAACAUCAGCAGGGACGGCCGAGGGCUCGCCGCCCUUCGGGAAGAACUCAUCGACGGGCUUUUGCAAGCCCGCCUCAUUCCUCUUCGGCUCUUUGGCCGAUUUUUUCUUCAAACCGGCGAAGCCUUUCACGUUCAUUUUGGCACCUGCAAAACAACAUAAAUAAGUGAGGCCGAGGGGUCAAGACAAGGACAAAAAUUAAACUACAAAAAAAUCUAAGUGCAAAAAAAAAUGGAGCCCCCGGGAACUACCUCUUGUGCUCUCGAAGGCUACGUCGAGGACAGGGAACCUCUCGUCUGAUUCCCCCAGGAAACGGUAGCGCCGAAAGCCAAGGAGAUGCAAGUCAUCCUCCACAGUGGACUCCUUGAUUGUCAUGUGCUUGUCCCGCCCCUCCGGGAUCUUGGCAAGCUUUUUACCGUCUUUCUCGAGGCUGGCACUCCCCACUUUCGGGUGUCGUCUGAAACAAUCACUCAAUUCCCCCGGGAAUGGGUUCUCGGCCCGGCCUAACGUAGCAAAAGCGGUCCUUCCAACUAGACCUACACAAACACGGGCUCGGGCCGGGCUUAUUCUAAAAAAUAUGCCCACUUGUAGUGGGCGGGCCCGGCCCGGCCCGGUAAAACGGGCAUCCUCAUAUGUCCAAGCCCGCCCAUGAGAGCGGGCCGGGCUGCCCACCGGGCCUUUGGGCCCGGAAAAUAUCCUUUUGUCAACUUUGUUAAAAAAUGAAAAUAUUUAUAAAAUAACAUCACAACAUUUUAAAUGCAAUUAAAUAAUUAAUGUAGUCACAACACAUUUUGAACACAAGAAUACGUUUAAAUGCAAAACACAAAACGAUUCUGGAAAAUAAAAAGCAUCCAAAUUCCAAAUAAGCAUCCAUAUUCCAUAAUUAAAAGCACAAUCACAGAUUCACAAUGUGCAGCGGAAAUAGUCAAGAGUAUCUCCAAAAAGACUUAACAAAUGUAUAUCAUUACAGUUCAAAUUUAAAUAGUAGAACACAAAAAGUAAUUGGUAUCCCAAGAUUCCAAGAACUUCUCGACACUCCUUCAUUUCACCAGAAAGUAAUUGAUCUCCCAGACUGCUCUGCCAAGUGCCAAUAAAUAUCAAAUAAUGAAAACCAAAUAUUAUUUAUAAACCAAGUAAAAACAUUGAGAUAAUGAAAACUACUAUAUUGUGAUUUCUGAAUCUUACCGUCUGUGAAAGAGAAGCAUUGUCUUACACUAGAGUAGCAUUUCAUCUUCUUCAUCCUCGUUAUCAUUUGAACGUCCAUCACCGAUCUUGAACAUACUUGCGGAACCUUACAAGUUAAAAAUAAUGGAAAAUAAUGACACUUGUGAAUAAUGACAUGGUAAUGAAAUUAUACUUCCAAGUAUUUUCAGUUUUAUAUGUAUAGUCAUAUAAUGUAUAAUUAUAUAUAGAAUAAUAUAUAUAAUAUAAUAUAUAAAGUAUGUUUACGGGCCGGACUUUUAGGCCCGACCGGGCCUAUAUUACAACCCAAGCCCGCCCAUAUUUUAAACGGGCCGGGCCGGGCCCGGCCCGGUGGGCUAAAGCAUGUGUCCAAACCCGCCCAUUUAUAUGGGUGGGCCAGGCGGGCCGGGCGGGCCGUCCCGGAAUUGUGCAGGUCUACUUCAAACCCUUGUGCGACGAGGGCGCAUCAGUAAAUAGCCUCCACUUGGCGAUCAGUUGUAGAUUCGCGAACCCCUCGGCAUUUGCGUGGCCUCCCCGACAAAGGUUGAUGCUCUGGAAAAAUAAAUUCAGGCUGGGAGCCACCCCCGGGACCGGCAUAGGUGCAAGAACCCAGCAAUAUAAGAGUGACUGUUAGGACUCAACUGGCAGGGGGCCAAGCCUACGUACCAGAGAUACUCAAGGAGGAAGGGAUGUAGAGGGAACCGGAGGCCCAUAGUAACCGAUAACACGUGAACAAUAAUGCACCCCUCGGGAGCCCGGGAAAGUACAUCAUCGGGUCCUGGUUCUACCACAGUUGCUGAAGGCCCAACGUGCAGCUGGGUGACGUAACAUUCCGCCCUAUCGACCCUCGACUUCAGCUCGAGCGCGGCGGUGUUCAAAAACGAGUAUCCCUCAGGGAUCCCAACGGGUUUCCCAAGAACAACAACACUCCCCUUCUUCUUCGGGGCCCCCAUCUUCUUCUUGAUCUUCUUUCCCGGGGCCACCCUGAGAGGCUCCGGGUUGAGUGGCCGGGAGGUGCUGGCCUCACCCGUGUUGCGUGGGGGAAGGACGACGAUGGUGACCUUCUGUCGCUCCUUUUCCUCCUCCUCUUCGGCAGCCUACAUAGCGAGGGCAAGCUCCUCAUCCUCUAUCACCUGCUCGAAGUCCUCAACUUCGGCUUCGGCCACCAGAUUCUUCUGCAUCUCCACUGCAACCGCUGAGUCAUUGUCAGACGAAGGCUCCACACUCGCUGACCCUUCUUCCGACCAGGUCUCGGCCUGGACCGAUGGCUCUCCAUAAAUAUAUUGAGAAUCAGAAGCGGAUGACAUCCUUCGGAAGUUCGUGGGGGAAAGAAUCGAGAAAGGAAGGAAAUUUUCCUAAGGGUCACUAACACUAUAUCUAAAGGCUGAAAAGCAAAGUAUGCUAGGAUACCCAAGAACAGAGGAGAAACUGACCUUAGAAGUUUGGUUUCGAUCGAACUAUGCUUUCUCUCUCUAGAAAAAAUUGGCCAGAACUUCGUUAAGCAAAUGAAUCACGCAAGGGCUGGCACUCAGGCCUUGGGGUAUUUAUAGGCGCCCCAUUUCGGGCCUGGGCCGAGAAUUGGGCCCCCGGUUAGAAAAAUCAUCAUUAUGACCGUCGCCUCAGCCAACCGGUGACACCCGCCCAGAGGCAACCAGCGGGUACGCGCCACGUGGACGCCUUCUCCAACGGUCAUAUCCCAACGACUAUAUUUCAAAUUUCCACCUCACAACGACGCCUUCAGCUGGCACCCUUUGGGCAAAAACAACAAAAAUAGUCAACCCUCAGUGCAAACCAGGGAAACCCCUCGGCACCCUUGGCCCCCAGUGUGAACUCAGGGAACCCUCAGUGCAACACAGGAACUAUCACCUGCAUUCAUCACGCCCUCAGCCCAGAAUGAUUGAGGGGCGCCCUCGGCAUCCCCAGAAUAUCCACAAGAGGCCUUUGGCCAGUCAUCAACAGAGCCCCCAGAUCAUGGAUAGCUCUCGGCGUUAACAUUGCUCUUCAUCUCAAACCAAGGGCUCACCUUUUUGAUUCAUCAUUGGGGGAAUUCGGUGCACUCUUUUUCCCUGGUUAGGAUUUUUCCCACGGGGUUUUUCCUAAUGAGGUUUUUAACGAGACAUCCCCCCAAAAUGAAACGAAAAGCGGCAGCCCUCGACCCUACGCUGAAAACGAGCACCACUCUACUCCUUUUCACCACAUUACCUUUGCCUCAAGGAGUGGGGGACUGGAUAACCCCCUCGGAAAAACCACAAAAUGUUAAAAAUCAUUAACAUGACCCUUCAGGAGUGAGGGACUGCCCUCGGUAAAACAGGCAACGCAAACCUCUCACAACUCUACAAACAACAACGAAACAAACACCAGCAUCAGAGGACAAACACAAUUACUCAUUUUCCCUCAAGUACCUUUCGACAAAAGGAGUGAGGGACUCCUGAUGGAGUAUAUGGCCCAGGGACCCCCGACCCACAUACCUCCACAACCAUAAUCAGACCCAACGGGCCAAGCCAGCAAAAUGAAGCGCUAAGCGGCCCACAAGAUGCAAAGGGGUGCCUUCAGCCCUUUGACCGAAGGCCACCAUUGACAGGGUUAAGCUCAGAAACAUCACAGUAGAACAAGGCUUGAAGACCAACCCUUCGGCAUAUACAGCCCUCGGUGUUGAGAGGCCCCCGGUUAGAAGAGCCUUCGACCAACACCCUUCAACCGAAGGCACUUCCCUCGAAUAGAAUAUCCUCUCCACAUGCGCCUGAAUCACCGUACCAAGUACAACAUCGCAUCCAACCACCGCAUUAAAUGCGGCCACAUGCAAAUGCCGGUGCCACCCCGAUUGAGGUGACUCCUCGACCACCAAAUUAUUGACACGUGUCCAUAUCUAGCAUUUAUUGCUGUUAUAAAUAGCAGCCCAUUUCCCCAUUGUAAGGCAUCACAAAUUCACACACUGAAUACAUACUCCCUCUUUACUUAUUGCUCCGACUUCUCUCUAGUUAUUCCCCGAAAUAACCCCUCGGAUAAGCUACCCCCGGGUACACUAUCCAUCAGGUGGGAUUAAGGAAAAUUCUAAGGCAAAUACCUCGACAUCCUAAUCUCGAGGUUUAAAUCUCGAGAUUACAAUCUCGAGGUUUAAACUUCGAGAUCUUAAUCUCGAGUUUGCCUCAAAGAAUAAUGGCAAAAUCCACCUGCAAAGCAAACCUUGAGACUUCGAAAUCUUCAGAAUUUCAAGUUGUUUGGAAUAACUAAUGGGAUGAUACACAUUUGUGGCCCAUAUUACACGUUUAACUAAUAACUACACAAAUACAAAGAUAUUAAAUUAGAUUGGAUACCAUAAAAUAUUCCCAACAAAUACUAAGCGUUAAAUACAAAGCAUACAACAUUUAAUACAAAGCAUACAACAUUGAAUAAUUGUACACAAUAUUGGAAGGGAUGGAGAGCCCAAUUGCUAGCUCAAGACGCUCGACGCUGGGGAAGCCGGUCUUGAGAUAUAGAAUGACGCUGAGGCCAAGGGGCCGUUCGUGAUAUGAGGACGACGGCAGUGAUGGGCCGAUCGUCAUAUAAAGGCGAUGGUCCCCAUCCUGGAAGGGAAUAGCGAGCCCCGUCGCUGGCUCAAGACUCUCGGCACUGGGGAAGCCGGUCUUGAGAUGUAGAACCACACCGAGGCCAAGGGGCCGGUCGCGGUAUGAGGACAACGACACUGAGGGGCUAUGAUGCAGUCGAUGGUGGGCUUGACCGUUGGCCUAACACUUGGUACCGUCAGUUGGCCGAGGACAAUCCUCAGCUGAUAAAUUGCGUCAUCAGGGUGACGACUUUUUGGAGGCGCUCUUGUGUUCAAAUAAAGAUCAUCAGAGGCUAGGUCGAGGGACUCAAAGCAAGCUCGGAUCAUUUAAUAAAAAUGACCGGAGAUCGGUCGAGAGGCCCAAAGCUUGACUCGCACCACGUCAGGGGACUUUGACCCGCGCAGUGACGGUGGUGAUAAUAUAAUAUAAUAAUAAUAAUAGUAACAUUAAAUAAUAAUAUUAAAUAAGAAUAGUAACAUUAAAUAAUAAUAGUAAUAAUCAUACUACUACUAUUCAAUGUUUAAUGCAUUAGGAGUACUGGGUUGCUUGGGUACUUACCGAGAUCUGAGCUGCCAAUACCCUUGGGGUAAAAGGCAUCCUCGUGCGGGGUUGGAUGACAGGCUCCCCCGAGCUCUCGACGAGUUUCCUCUGCAUCUCGUCCACCUUUGCCAACAUGGUUGCGUAUUCGGGGAUCCAUCUGUGAGGCAGAAGCUAUUGUCUAGGCCUAACGGGCCUCUAUCUCGUCAAGUCGGCACUGGAGGGCCUCUGUCUUGAUCUAAUGUUUGGUUUUCACUCCGGUCCUUCCGCCGGUUUUCGAGGCCAAGGCGAGCGUCCGGAGCAUUCUUCUGGAGCUGAAGGCGCAGAUCAGCAGCAGCCUACUCCAUUUCAGCGAGGGCCCUGCCUUCGGGAGCCUUGUUGGAGGCUUUGGCAGCUUUAACCUCACCGAGACCUAGAUUUUUGUCUUCUAGGGUCUUGGAUUGACCUCGGGUUUUUCCCAUUCCGAUGAGUGUUUUUGUUUUUCGGAGGGGAGGGUUCUUACUUAAUUGUUCGACCUCUCAAUGAGAGCACCAAAUGACGGAUAGUAUAUCCGGGGGAUAUCACUGAGAGGUAUCUAGAGAGAAAUCAGAACAAGUAAGAGAGAGAGUAUGUAUGUAAUAAAUGAGGUUGUUAUUCCGAUCUUUUACAAUGAAGAAUUGACUUGUUAUUUAUAGCAGCCAUAAAUGUUAGGUGUAAUUAAUGCGGGUACACGUGUCAAGUAAUCAAUGGUGGAUGGUCAACUAGGCUAGGGUGGUGCCGUCAUAGCAUGUGACACCGCAUUUAAUGCGAUGGUUGAACGUGACACCACAUUUAAAGUUGGUCACUAACUGAAUUUUGUAACUUUAUCAUUGAUCACUAUGUCGAAGGGAGUCAUUGUGCCAUUAGUCACUUUGACAUUGGUCAAUGCACCUUUAGUCUCACUUUUGGAAUUUAACAAAAAAAAGUAUUUUUUGUCCGUAUCGCUUUUUAAUACUUCCUCCGUCCCUUAAAACUUUGACAACUUUCUUUUUUUGGGUGUUCCACUAAUUUUGCCAGUUUCUCUUUUAAGUAAAGAAUUUGUGGUUCUAGUUAAUUCUCUUUUCACCUCAAACCUCAACCACACACUUUUACAUUAUUAAUUUCCAUUCCAGUGCUCUACACUCCAAACUUUGCAAAUUUUAGAAAGGGAAAAGGGCCAAAAUGGACAUUGAGGUUUUUAAUGAAGAGCGUAUUGGACAUUAAGGUUUUUUUGAGAUCAAAUAAACAUGAAAUUAAACUUUUCAGACCUCAUCGCCCACCCCCUAACAUUUCCCGUUAACAUCUUCUCUUCCCCGUUAUCACCCUGCGAUUACAAUCUCCCUAAUUGAAAUUUCUAACCCUAACUCACUUCCAUGGCUAAUAAGUGUGAGAUUGUGCGAGUGAGUCGAGAAGAUUAGAAGGUGUUCAACUGCACGACCAAGGUUACAAUACGUACGACUAAUCUGGGGUAAUCUUUGAGUGUUGUUUUUGUUUGUUACAAUGACUGGGUUGGUUAAUCUCAGAUUUAACCAUAGCGGGAGGUGGGUUAUGAAACCAAAGUUACAGUAUGUGAAUGGGGACGCUGAUACAGUUUAUGGGUUUGACCCUGAUUAUAUGUGUUAUCAUGACAUUUCAAGAAAAUACAAGGAUGACUUGGGGUUUAAAACACUGAAAAAUAUAUAUGUUUUAGAACCUGGAAAGGAUUUGGACAAUGGACUUUUCUUAGUUCAGGAUGAUGACACUAUAAGGAAAGUGUUAAAUCGUAUAAGGAGAUUUUCUUGGAUUGAUACUAUAGAGCUAUAUGCUGACCAUCAACUGGACGAACCCAUUUUGAUUCCCCUGAUAGAAGGUUCAUUUUCUGAAAUUGGUAACCAUGACAUUGGUGAUGAGAAUGAUGGUGGGGUGGGUGAUGAGUCUGCCAAUACAGAUUGGAGAGACCAAAGUGAUGAAGUGAAUACAAGUGGUGUCCCAAAUGGGUAUGUUACAGAUGAAGAAUCAAAUAGAGGCUCAGAAGAUGAAGAGAGCAACAAUUCUGAUCCAUCCUCUGAUAAUGAUGGUACAAUCAAUUACAAUGCAACAGAUGGGUCAGAUUGUUUUAUGAAUGGAAUGACCUUUGCAGAUGCUGAAGAGGCUAGGACUGCAAUUGCUAAUUAUGGUGUGAAAUAUGGUUACAAGCUGAAAAUCAAACCAAAUGAGAAGAAUAAACUGGCUGUUAAAUGUUUGAAUGAGGAAGGCUGCCCAUUUAGAUUAUGGAUUUCUCAAGAUGGGAAGAACUAUGGGUUGGCAGUGAAGAUUUGUAACACUGAGCACAAGUGUUUCCGACACUAUUCUAUUCCUAGUGCUACUCAAAAGUGGCUUGCAAAUUACUUUAAAGGGCACCUGGAGAGAAAUCCUAGCUUUCGAGUUGCUGACAUGAAAGAGGAGGCAGAGAAGAAGUUGAAGAUAAAUGUUAGCUUGUAUAAAUGUAAAAGGGCUAAAAGGUUGAUUAUUCAAGAAAUGGAUGGUAGUUAUAAGACUGAGUUUGGGUACCUAGAAGCAUAUGCUGCCACAUUAAAGAGGAGUAAUCCAGGUUCAAAAGCUGAAAUUGAACUCUGCAGUGAAGCAUUGAAAGAAGGGAGGAGAGUAUUCAAGAGAAUGUUUGUAUGCUUUGCUGCUUUGAGGCAGAACUGGCUGGCUGGCUGGCUGUAGAAGAAUCAUUGGUGUGGAUGGUUGCUUUCUAAAGGGUGUUCAUGUUGGAUGGUUGAUAAUAACAUCACAGAGUCCUUCAAUUCAUGGAUCCAGGAAGCUAGGUCAACACCUAUUGUAACCAUGCUGGAAGAUAUACGCUUGAAGGCAAUGAAAAGAAUUUCAGAGUUCAAGACAAAUCAUGAUAAGUGGAUAAACGAUUGGUCUCCCUUAUGCAUGGAGUACUAUCAAGACAAUAAGGAGGCUGCUAGUGGUUGCAAUGUUAUAUUUAAUGGGGAUGUGGGGUUUGAGAUUGGAGAGGGGACAGAUAAGCACACAGUUGUGUUGGAUAAGAUGGUCUGCACUUGUAGAGCAUGGGAACUGACUGGAAUACCAUGCUUACAUGCCAUAUGUGCUUUCUAUUAUAGGAAGGUAGAUCCUAUCACCUACAUUUCAAGAUGGUAUCAUAAGGAGACUUAUAUGGCAGCAUAUGCAAAUGCUUUGCAACCGGUACCUGGAAAAGCUUUCAUGAAGGUUGAUGAUUAUGAACCCAUUUUACCUCCCCCAAUGCCAAACCUACCUGGCAGACCAAAGAAGAACAGGGUUAGAUCAUCUACUGAGGUCAAAGGAUCUGGAAGUGCUUCUACAUCUGCCAGUGCUACACCUCAGACAUCAUCAAGAAAAGGGAGACCACAAACUUGUGGGAUAUGCCAUAAGGAGGGCCAUAAGAGAGCUACAUGUCCUAAUAAAGAUAAAGAUGUAAGUAGUACAUGACUUUGAAGAUGUAAACUACAAUAUUGAUUUAUUGUGUUUUCAUGACUUUUUUUAUCUGUUUCUUAGGCAAGUGUUCAAGGAGCAGAAGGGAAUGGACCUAUACCUGUGAAGAGACCUGCUAGUGUUGCUUUUUCAGCAAUUCCUACCACUACAGAAUCAGCUCCACCAACAAAUCCACACACUAAUGCUAAAAGGAGUACUGGUAAGUCUAAAGUGACAUGUAGAAGAAUAGGAAGGAAGAUAAGUAAACAAUCUGUAACAGGCUUUGGGUGCCAUGUGGAUGUGAACACUGGGGAGAAGACUUUAAAUCCUGGGAUGAGCAGUGAGGAAAUAGUUUCAGAUUUCCAGCCUGAAAUGCCACAUGACCCUGAUGUUACAGUCAGAUUUGCAAUCCCAAAUGAAAAAGAUAUCAGAGGAGCUGCCCGGGCUGAGAAGCAGUUGGAUGUGCCAACAUAUAGAACAAUACCUUUCAAGGGUGAUGGUACAGAGGUGCAUAAUCCAACAAACCUACCUUUUCAACCACCUGGUUUGCAAUGGAAUGGGAAUGCAGCAAUCAGCUCUAAGCAGUUGUUACAGAAGAUGCAGAUCAGGAGGUCGGGUUCCAUUCCAAAGUGAUGAAUGAAGACUCAUAUGUUUCAUUAGAACACUUUUGGAUGCAAAUAUGGAUGAAUGAAGACUCAUAUGUUUCAUUAGAACACUUUUGGGCACUUUGUAUUUAUUAGCUUAUUAGCUUUUUGGCAAUGUAGUCGUUUGAAGACUCACGGGAAGUUUAGGUGUUUUGUAUGAAGUUUUAGUACUUCUGGCAAUCUAAGGAACUGACUGCAAUUAUGGGGUGCUAAAUUAGGGCUUAUAAUGCUUUUUUUGUAUUUUGUAACCUCAUUAACAAUCAGUAUUAUGAUCC